ACCAACUAAGAUGAUGCUGAAUGAAACCCUAUUUCUUACUCUCACAUUCGCUGAUGCUGAUCAAAAUCUUUCUUUAAUCUCCCUUUCUAAAAAAUGUCAUGUGCGGGGAAAUCUGGUUCGAAUUGGUUAGACCGUCUUCGAGUUUCAAAAGGUUUUCCAGCUGGUAAUGAUGUCGAUCUUGUACAUUUCUUAAACCCUAAUACUAGUAUCGAAAGUAAUUCAGUUACUGAGACGAAUGAUGAAAAGGUGAAUAAUAAUAAAUCAGUCGGUAUGGAAGAAGAUGAUGAAGAAGAAGAAAUCCAAGUAGCAAAGGUGAAAAAGAAACAAUCUCUUACUUACUCAAGAGAUGAGAAAGAUAAAGAAAGUGAGAAUUUGUUUGAUUUAAUGAGUAGUGUUUUAUCAGAAUUAUUCAUUAUGGAUAAUAAUAAUAACAAUAGUUCUGGUAGAAAAUGUCAAGACAUCAGUUCUAGGAAAACAAGAAGCGGUCGGAAACAGAAAAAUCCCAAACCUUGUGUUAUUAGUAAUGAAAGUGAUGAUCCAGAAACGUCACCUUCUACUGCUGAUGAUAAUAGUGAUAAAGAGGGAGACAAGAAGAAAUUAGGGUUUGAUUUGGAGAAAAAUAAAAAAUGGAAAGGUGGAUUUAUAUCAGGGUAUUCUAGGGCUGAUGUAAUGAUAAUUGAUACAAGUGCAUCAAUUUGGAAAUCGGAUAAAUGGGUUUUUAGAAAAGGAAAUGUUUGGAAAGUUAGAGAUAAAAUAUCAAGAUGCAGAAAAGUUAUUAGGAUGAGAAAGAAGAGAAAGAGUAAUAAUCAGUUAUCUGAUAAUGAAAAUGGAGACAAAAAGAAGAAGAAAAAGGAGAGGUUACUGAAGAAUUCUCAGUCUCCAUCCUCAUUAGAAACAGAUAAUGCGUUCAAAUGAAAGAGGAGGCUCCCCUAGCAUUAGUUUGUCAGACUGUACAAUAUGUCGUUGCAUUGUUGUGGAAGUCUCAUUCAAUUUACUAGUGUUUGAGGAAAUUCAGAACGCACCACCUCUGUUCAAAUGAAGGAUUUAGUCUUUACUUAUUGUUCAUUAAGUUGGUUGUAACAGCUUGAUUUGACAUUCUUGUCAUAGUCUAACUUGGCUUAUUGUUACUCGUAUACUAUUGCAUAAACUCUGGAUAUAAGUUUUGAGCUGGAACUUGCGUUCUUCAUUUUUCUGCUUCAGUAAUGAAAUUUUAAGGAACCUUGUUUCCCAUACACAAGGACAUUUCAUGUAAUUGAUAUGGUGGUUCAUUAUUGUUUGACGUUUACCUUGCUUCAAUUUUUAGGAUACAGUUUAGUGUCUAUCUAGCUGUAGCUGGAAGAAUCCUAGUUGUACUCUGUGGAUCUUAUCUAAUAUUGUUAUCUGCUUAAGAUAAAAGUGUAACACAUUCCUUUUUUGUUUCA